GGAAAAUCGAUAUUUUAAAAUUCCUCGAUCUCUUUGUAACAAAUUCAAAGGAAUGCGAUAAUCAGUUGGACUAAUAUGUUCGUAUUUUUAAUUUUCUACUUCUGGUUUUUGUUUUUAAUAACUUACUUGCUUUUUAAUAUCAAUUCUCGGUUCUCCUCGCCCACCCUGUCCCUCUCUCUGCAUUGCACGUCUGUAUAUCUCUCUCUUUUCUUCUUUCCCAUUUUGUUUACAGACAAACUUUCCACAGUACUGCUAUGUAAGCGAAGGCUUUUUAAUUCUUUUUACUCUGUCUGCUCAUAAGAUCUUUGAAGAAGAAGACGUUAAAAAUCAAAAAUUCUGAAGACAACCUUCGGAAACUUAUCUUUUUCUUCUCCAUUUUGUCUAAGCAGAACAAAGGCUUGAUGUGACAGUAUGCUCUGAGUGAUUCCCCAUAAUAUUAUCCACUUCAUGUAAUGGUUUCUUGGUGUGAUUCUUUUGAAGAAACGGAUCUUUGAGUUUGUUAUCAGAUUCAGACAAGAAACAGUAUCUCCAAACUUUCUUUUAUAUUCUUGCUUUUUUUUUCCUUGUAUCCAUCUUUGCGCUUCUUCUUCUUCAUCUUCUAAAAUAUGUUGGUGAGUCCAACUUCGAAGAGUUUAUGGGUCUUGUUCAUCGCAGUCGUCACUAUUCUUGGACUCUUAGGACAAAACCUCCCUUCUGUUUUGUCUAGCCCACACCGUAUUCUAGUGGAUACAGAUGUCGACACAGACGAUUUCUUUGCUCUACUCUAUCUCUUAAAACUCAACAAAUCAGAGUUCGAUCUAGUCGUGAUUUCAUUGAGUGCAAACGCGUGGACAAACGCAGGACACGGAGUGAAUCAAGUAUACGAUUUAUUGCACAUGAUGGGUCGUGACGAUAUCGCCGUCGGUGUCGGCGGAGAAGGUGGGAUUCUCGACGACGGUACUAUUCUCUCCGACGUCGGUGGUUACUUUCCGAUCAUCGAACAGGGGAUGACAACAACAGGAGGAUGUAGAUACAGACAAGCCAUUCCUAAAGGUUUUGGAGGCCUACUUGACAUUGAUUCUAAUUAUGGGUUUCGCAAACAGUUUCUUCCUCAGGGGAACAGAAGAUACACUCCUCUCCGGCAACCAACGGCGCAAAAAGUAAUCGCCGACAAAGUUUCCGAAGGUCCAGUCACCGUGAUGCUCCUCGGAUCUCACACGAAUUUCGCUCUCUUCAUGAUGUCAAAUCCUCACCUGAAACACAACAUCCAACAUAUCUACGUCAUGGGCGGUGGUGUACGGUCGCGAAACCCCACCGGAUGCUGUCCGGCGAAUUCCACGGCGGAGGAAUGUCAACCUCGACAGUGUGGAAACAGAGGGAACUUGUUUACAGAUUAUACUAGUAAUCCUUACGCUGAAUUCAACAUCUUCGCUGAUCCUUUCGCUGCUUAUCAGGUUGUUCAUUCAGGUGUUCCAGUGACUUUGGUUCCUCUAGAUGCAACCAACACAAUACCUAUCAACAAGAAGUUCUUUGAGACAUUCGAAAACAACCAGAGAACAUACGAAGCUCAAUAUAUUUUCUUGUCUUUGAAAAUUUCCAGGGACACUUGGUUCGACGAUGAAUUCUACAAGAGCUAUUUCAUGUGGGAUUCUUUCACGGCUGGUGUUGCAGUCUCAAUCAUGAGAAACUCUGGUAAUAAGAACAAGAACAAUGGUGAGAACGAUUUUGCGGAGAUGGAGUAUAUGAACAUUACCAUUGUUACUUCAAACAAACCUUACGGAAAAUCUGAUGGCUCAAAUCCAUUCUUUGAUAAAAGAACAACUCCAAAGUUUAACCUAACCCUUGGAGGAGUUCACAGUGGUCAUGUUCAGAUGGGUUUGCGAGAUCCAAUCUGCAUACCUAAAAGCGGAAAAGGGAGGUGUAAGGAUGGUUACACCCAAGAGAUCUCUGGACCUGAUUCAGUUCGUGUUCUUGUCGCGACACGGGCUAAGCCGAACGUAAACAUCAAAAGUAAACUUGACAGAGAGUUCUAUGUUGAUUUCUUGGAAGUUUUGAAUAGACCUGAAGAAACAGGGAGAUUUAACUUUUCAUCUCAGUUUCCAUACUACAAAGAGGAAUUCUUGAGACCAGAUCUUAGCAAAACACAACUCGGAAAGCCGGUUGUUUUCGACAUGGACAUGAGCGCCGGAGAUUUCCUCUCUCUCUUCUACCUUCUUAAAGUCCCGGUGGAGAAAAUCGAUUUGAAGGCCAUUAUUGUGAGCCCAACCGGCUGGGCUAAUGCAGCAACAAUCGAUGUGGUCUACGAUCUGCUCCAUAUGAUGGGUCGUGACGACAUUCCAGUCGGUAUGGGAGAAAUGUUCGCAAUGAACCAGUCUGACUUGAUUUUCCCACCAGUUGGAGACUGCAAGUACGUCAGGGCUGUUCCACGAGGCUGUGGCGGCUUUCUUGAUUCCGACACUCUCUACGGUCUUGCUCGUGACCUCCCGAGAAGUCCUCGCAGAUACACUGCGGAGAACUCAGUGGCACAUGGAGCUCCGAGGGAUACUGAUCGGCCUGAGCUCCGACAACCUCUGGCACUUGAAGAAGUUUACAUUGUGGGAGGACAUAUAAAGCGUGAGAAAUCAGACAAAGGCAACUUGUUCACGGUUCCUUCAAAUGCAUACGCAGAAUACAAUAUGUUUCUUGAUCCUUUAGCAGCUAAGACCGUUCUCGAAUCCGGUCUAAACAUCACACUCAUCCCUCUAGCGACCCAACGCAACUUGAGCUCACUCCAGACGAUGCUUGAUAGUCUCCAUUCCUCGGGGAAAACGCCGGAAGCCCGGUUUGUGAAACGGCUGCUUGCUAGAUUGCAAGCUCUUCAACAGAAACACAAGAGAUACACGCACAUGGACAUGUUCUUAGGGGAGAUUCUUGGAGCAGUUUUCUUGGGAGGCGAUCACGCUUCAUUAAAGCCGAAACUGCGAGCUGAGCACGUAAAAGUGAUCGCUGAAGGAAAUGAGUCGAGAGAUGGUCAGAUAUUGAUCGAUAAACUGCGCCGGAAACAAAUAAAGAUACUCGAAAGAGUAGAUUUUAGAGGAUACAUUGAAAGUUUUGCUUCUACACUCGAUGAUACGAAACAAUCUGCAGUCAUAGGAAGCUUUGAAGAACAAAGGAAGAAAUGGAACACACCACCAAAUUAACACACACAAAAAAAAUGUCUAUAACCGCUCUAAAAUUUGAUUGAAUUUAUAUGCUUAAGAAUUACUCUUUCCUCGGAUUUGUGUUGGAACUUUUAAUGCUUGAUUAGACAGAGAUUACAGUUAGUACAAAUUUGUCAAAUCUGGUCA